GCGGAUGUGCAGGCCACGCUGAAUGUGCCCAAGUUCAACAUCGCCACUCUCAGCCGUGGCAUGAAGCAGCCAGGGUUGAGCAGGCGCGGCGCGGCCCCCAACGAGGCUGCUGAGGCUGCCGAGGGGGUGGCUGCCUUGCUCGUGCGCGUGUCCGGUAGCGGCACGUGGGCAGCCUUUGAGCUUGCUGCGGCGUCGGGCGCAGCGCGUUACAUGGAGCGGGAUGGGGGUGUGGCAGCAGCAGCCGUGGAU